ACACACACACACACACACACGUAGGUGUGUUAUAGGCCUGCGUCAGGUGUGUGAAUGUGUUUCACCUUUUUCCUGUUCAAAGCUCAAAGUUCAGACAGACCGAGACGAUUCACAGACGCCUCACACAACAACAAGAAGAAUUCAUGUCUAAAGGGAAAUAUAUCUCAUAACUAUCCCACAGAAAUCAAGAAGACUUGACACAUGUGGAGGAAGCCCACAUCCGAUAUCUGCCUCUAAUGAGCGAUGGAUUGUACCUGAAGACGAGCAGUUGGGACAAACUCAGAGAUCGCUGACUGAUCGACUGACUGACGGCCAUCUUGGAGAGAAAGACAGCCCUGCAGCAGCAGCUCCAGCAGGGGCCCUCCUGAUCCCUCCUGACUCCCCAGCUGCAGCGCCCCCUGCUGGGCAGCAUGGAGCCCGGAGCAGGCCGACUGCCGCUCCAGGUGCUGGGAGAGAACGAGGCCCUGCAGCAGUUCUUCAGUGGUCAGGAUGUCAGUGGUGUGUUGGACAGUUCUGUGGCCGUGGAUACGAGCAUCCUGGAGCAGUACCUCAGCAAUGACAUGGACCCCAACAGCUUCAUGCUCCCUGAAUCUCCUCCUGACUCAAGCUCAGAGGCUUGUUCACCUGUACAGAUACCAGACUACCAAUACGAGCCACCUUAUUGGUCCAACCAGCAGACCACCCCUGAAGUGUUCCAGCCAACCCAACCACCUGUCCCUUCGUCGUCCUGUCGCUUUAAGGAUCGAGGCCCCGCCCUCGCUCACCAUGAGCUGGUGACCCACGAACAGCUUUGCAGUUUGGGUCUCACAAACGUUUACAUCAAGUCUGGGACCACACUUGCUCCCCCUGCCCCCCUGCACCGGCACACACACCACUCACCUGAACACACACACUACCUGAAUCCAGAGAGCUGCUCGCAGGUUUACACCCCUCCCACACCUCCUUCUCCACCACUGCACCCCUCGAACAGCUUAGUCACACCCUGCACUGGUCCGGGCCUUGUCUCAAAUUUAUCCACGCCUCCUUCAACCUGUCUGCUGGGCUCCACAUCCACGCUAAACACCUGCUCCCCAGGGAGUAAAAAGAGGAGGAGAUCCGAGUCUGAGGAACCAUCGGCAGGAAUUGAGGCUUCCUGCAGUGAAGGAGACGGGACUCAAGGUAGCAGUAUAGGGAACAGUGUAGGUGGUUUGGGAUCCUACCAGCUGCUAACUUGGGAACAGUAUAGGCUGGAACAUUGGAGUACUUUGUACGACAGCAGCUACCAGACACUGCCUCCUCUUGCCUACCACGUUGACACAGAUAAAGGCUUCAACUACUCUGCAGCUGACGAGGCCUUCGUCUGCCAGAAAAAGAACCACUUCCAGGUCACUGUUCACAUUGGCGUGGCUACAGAGCCACAAUACGUCAGAACACAGAGCGGGCCGCAGCAGGUCGACCACUUCCAGAUAAAAGUGUUUGGGAUCAAGAUGGAAACUCCAAGCCACCAGGUGACUAUUGAGCAAUCUCAGCCUGACCGCAGCAAGAAGCCCUUCCACCCUGUCAGGGUCAGUCUACCCAGCGGCAAAAUUACCAAGGUAACGCUCGGCCGACUGCACUUCAGCGAGACGACGUCCAACAACAUGAGGAAGAAAGGCAAACCCAACCCUGACCAAAGAUAUUUUCAGAUGGUGGUUGGUCUGUACGCUGCAGUGGUAGGAGGGGAGAUGUUCCUCCUCACAGCUCUGUUGUCGGAGAGAAUCAUCGUCAGGGCCUCUAACCCUGGUCAGUUUGAGAUGGACGGCGAUGCCCUGUGGCAGCGCGGGGCGGUGCAGGACGGCGUGGUCUGUCAAGGCCGGGUAGGCAUCAACACCGACUCCCCUGAUGAGGCGUUAGUAGUUUGCGGCAACGCCAAGGUGAUGGGCGCCGUCAUGCAGCCGUCCGACCGCCGCGCCAAAGAAAACAUACAGGAGGUUGACUCCGAGCAGCAGCUGAAGAGAAUCACUCAGAUGAGAAUUGUUGAGUUUGAUUAUAAACCAGAGUUUGCCUCCACCAUGGGAAUAGACCACACCCACCAGACAGGUGUAAUAGCUCAGGAGGUGAAGGAGCUGCUGCCGUCAGCGGUGACGGAAGUCGGCGACGUCUCCUGUUCUGACGGAGAGAAAAUUCAUAACUUCCUCAUGGUGGACAAAGAGCAGAUCUUCAUGGAGAAUGUGGGGGCGGUGCAGCAGCUGUCUAAGCUCACCGACAAUCUGGAGACUCGAAUCAACGAGCUGGAGGUCUGGAACCACCGACUGGCGAAGCUGAAGAGCUUGACAGGCAGCCUGCGCUCCAACGGGACACCCGGGAAACACAGCGGUGCGUCGAUGACGGCGAGUCCCGACGCAUGCAAGACCGGGAAAACUCAGAAGGAAGGCUGGAGUCAGAAGUACAGACGCUGUCUGCAGCAUAAAGUCUUCCAGGCCAGCCUCCUAACCCUGCUGGCCACCAUGGCUUUCAGCAUCAUCUCUAUCACCGCUCUGUACCUACUGAAUUUGAAGGAGGUAGACUUCAACAUGAACAGUAACGGCAGUGUGGUUCCUGUGUUGACCACAGCCUGGAGCAGCACAGUCCCAGCGACCAGUCCACCUGGCCGCUGGCCGCCUGACGUGGACUUCUGUGAGCUGCUGUACUGUGAACGGGUGUACUGCUGCCCUCUGCCUGCAGGGGGCAGCACAGGCUCCAACAUCACCUCCACCCCAUCAGCUGGAGAAGAAAUAUCUGAUCUGGCAGGUAACAACCAAGGAGAAAGAAGAAAAGAAAACUUUUAUGACAAGUUGAAAAAUGCCAGAGACUGGACGAACACCACAAUCCAUUCUAUAAUGAUCAAAGAAAACCAGCAGGUGAUUGACAGAAAAUACUGCCUGAGAGACGAAUGUGGUCCAGGUAAAUACAUCUACAGAGUUCCUGUCAGCCAGUUUGUCCCAGUCAACAUGAGAGUCACCCUGCUCAUGAAUUCCACGGAGCUGCUGGUGGUUCAUCUGUGUAGCUUUGAUGAGUCGGAGACCUGCUCUGCUGUGCUGGAUAUGAACACUGUCACUUGGAGCAAAUACCCAUCAAACACUCAGGGGGAACAUGAAUGGCCUCUUCAUGUGGCUCGUCUUCAUCACAGCUCGUAUCACUUUCGCUCCACAGUGGCCGGUCAAGCAGACUGCAGUACUGACCAAAACUACGAGGGGGCGCUCUUCACUGAUUACCACUUAUACUUCUACAGACGCUGCACAGACACAUAGAUGCACAUUUACACGACAAAUGAGAACUAAAUAUUAAUACAUUCAAAAGUAUAUUAAAUAUUUGCUUUUCUUAACACAAAGAUGACAAUCAGAGAAAUGAAAACACUGCCAUCACUUCUGCUUUCAUGUUUUUCAAAGCUGCAAAUGCAUUUUUAUUGUGAUAUAAGUCACUUUUGCUGAUAGAUUGUUAUGCAUAAUUGCAAAAAAAA